CUUUCCAUAAAGGACCCGUGUAAUAUCUGGCAAUCACAGUGAGGCACAUUGCUGGACGUUUACCUCCUCACUCUGCAUGGGAAGCGAUGAUCUAAGCGGCCCGCAUGGACGGGAACUGAAGCAGUAUACGACCAGUGCGGCGUUUGGACAGAAUGACCAGGCACCGGACACUGGCGUCCCAAAGGUCUACCGAGUGGUCAAGACCGUGAUUAUCGCCUGGGCGCUUUGUUUUGAGGGUAUCGUGUAUGGCCUUAACACUCCUGCUCUGCUGGAUCUGAUGCAGCUGUACCACGCAGACUGCGAGCAGGUGUCGGACGGUCUGACAGGGCGCAGUGCGGGGCUGCUGGUAGCCGCAGUCCUGGGGAGCUAUGUCUUUAACAGAUUUUCCAGACACCAAGACGUCCUGCUGUCGGUCAGUAUGUUGGCUGUUGGCGUGGCCACGGCAGCUUUGCCAUGGGCAAGAUACACAGUACUGCUGGGAGUGUUGACCUUCUUCCAGGGGGUCGGAGCUGCCUUCCUGUUCACAGGUGGCAACACAGCCAUGAUACAGAUGUGGGGGGAGGAAGCCAUGGUUCCUCUCCACCUGGCCCAUGUUGGUUUGGGGGUGGGCAUCAUAGUCGCCCCAUUGUUCGCCGAACCGUUCUUGGCGCCUCUGUGUGAUCAUCAGAACGUGACGCGUGCCCCGGAGACCACAGUCAUGCCAGGCCACUCCUACCGGCAUGACGCAGCUAACAAUUCUGUGCUGAAACUCAUCCACAGCACACAUGGGCCUGGUUAUACAAAAGCGCCAUCUUUUGUGGAUAAACCGGCGUCAAACAUAUGGGCAGAUGGACUACGUGCAGCCUCGGUCUUCACUCAAGUUAGCGCCCAUCACCAGAAUGGGAACCCCAACGCUUCGAUCCUCUGCGGACCAUCGAUGGUUCAGAUUCCGUACGGUAUAACAGGUGCUGGUUGCCUAUUAACAACUAUUGCUUUUAUUUUUCUGCACUCGCUUAUAAAAUCUCCUACCAAAACCGAUGUCAAAGAAGCGAGUUCCCAUGACGAAAGCAACGAAAGAUCUCACAAAGGGGCGGACUCUGGCGAGAAAGGGGCAUUGUCAAGUUUGAAAGACACAAUCAACCCAGCGUCCUGCACUGGAGGACGCCUUUGUUUUGGGAUUCAGUUUAUAGCAUUAUUUUACCUACUUUCGUUUACAUAUGGAGCUUCAAAAGUUCCCCUGACCAACUUCCUUUACGCCAUUGCGGUUGAAAGCGAAUUGCAAUUCUCAAAAACCUUGGCAACGACUCUAGUUACCACCAACGGCAUCGCUUAUACCGCUGGAAAGUUUCUCCCGGCUAUGCUCUCACUUUGCUUGCCGACCAAAUUUAUUCUGAUAGGCGAACCUUUACUUGUAUUUUUAUCUUUUAUCUUUUUGGCUCUGUUCGGUGUGCACAGCCAAUCGGUGUUCUGGAUUUGCACAUGCUUUUAUUCUCUCGCCCAAUCAGCACUUUUCCCCACCUCCUUAGUCUGGGCCAAUGCCUAUAUUACUGUAGGCUCAAGUAUAUCUGCACUAUCUAUAAUAGGGGACUCUACGGGAGGGCUGGCUGCCACCCCGUUAGCUGGGUAUGUGUACGAGGAAAUGGGGAUUAUGGCGUUGUUAUAUAUGGCGUGUAUAUGUGCGGGUGUGGCAACCGCUAUGUCCAUUACGAUACAGAUUGUUGCCUCGUGCCAGUCGGACUGUACUUGUAAUGCUAAUAAGACUGAAGUUGAUAUAGAGGAUCAUAGGGUUUCUGUAAAUGAUUCGGAGAAGUUGAUGGAGUAAGAG